AUGAGAAUCGAUGGAAAUGUAGAACAAAAGAUGUGUGAGCAGAUGUGGAAGUAUUUAUUCCUCGAAUUUGGAUCCAGUUUACAGUGUGGACAUGAAAAAUUCGCUUCGGCUUUAUCACUGUCUUUCGCCACACCUGGUUUAACAGCAGUCAGGCGUUUAUGGAAUAUUUUAACAUGGUUUCUGACAUUAGCUGUUUCCGCGGCAGCAAUCAUCCUGGGUUACAAAAUGGAAAAACUGAGUAAGAAGUCGAGCAUUACAGUGCUGAGUCUUACUGGUGGAAUAGCAGUGCUGGGUGUUAUUUUGUUGAUUGCAUUAGAAGUUGCUAAGUGCGAG